AAGUUACAUGGUGAAACAAGAUGUCGGAACGCUACAGUUUUUCGCUGACAACAUUCAGUCCUUCUGGGAAGCUGGUGCAGAUAGAGUAUGCUUUGGCAGCAGUAGCUGCAGGAGCUCCCUCGGUGGGUAUAAAAGCAACAAAUGGGGUUGUUCUAGCGACAGAAAAAAAGCAGAAAUCUGUGCUGUAUGAUGAACACAGCAUACACAAGAUAGAAAUGAUCACCAAAAACAUAGGCAUGGUGUACAGUGGAAUGGGACCAGAUUACAGGGUUCUGGUGAGGAAUGGAAGGAAGCUGGCACAGCAAUACUUCUUAACUUAUCAGGAACAAAUUCCCACAGCUCAGCUGGUACAGAGGUUGGCCAAUGUCAUGCAGGAAUACACACAAUCUGGUGGAGUUCGCCCAUUUGGCUUGUCUCUGUUGAUAGCUGGCUGGGAUGACGAUGAGGAGAAGCCAUACUUGUACCAGUGUGAUCCUUCGGGUGCCUAUUUUGCCUGGAAGGCUACUGCUCUAGGAAAGAACUUUGUCAAUGGAAAAACUUUUUUGGAAAAAAGGUACAGCGAUUCCCUGGAGCUGGAAGAUGCCGUUCACACAGCUAUCCUAACCCUGAAGGAGAGUUUUGAGGGCCAAAUGACAGAGGAUAACAUUGAGAUAGGGAUCUGUAAUCAUGAAGGCUUCAAACGGUUACAACCAUCAGAAGUGAAGGACUACCUAGCAUCAGUGGCAUAGGGAGGACUCAGCAGCAUAAGAUGGAAACAAGGACUUAACAACUCUCAGUAAAACUUGUAUAAGUGCUGGAAAUGUGAUGAAAUUUACAUUGACAAGCAAGCUGUGAGGUUGUACCUUUCAACGUAGGCACAGAUUGAGCAGGCAAGAUCAAGGAGUCUUCUGAAAUCAGUGCUCGAAAGGGAGAUAACUGUGUCAUAGAUGACCAAACACAAGAACUGCUUCAUUUGUUGUCUUUUCACACAAUGACACCAUCCCGUUUGUCGCCAUCCAGUUAUCAACAUGAGAGGUUAUUUAAGAACAAUAUGAAUAAGUCAUUAAAAAGAAAAUCAAUAUCAGAUUUAA